UUUUACAGUUCAUCCUGAGGGGAGCAUGAACGUCUGAACCAAAUGUCUUAACAAUCCAUCAGAUAGCUGAGAGAUAUUUCUCUAAAAACCAUGAGCCAUGAAUGUUAACCUGCUGGUGGCGCUAGAAGAAGAAUCACUGGAUCACUGAAGUAGGAGGAGGGUUCCUCCUCUGGGAACCAUGAAUGUCCGUGCCAUUGUAAUCUAUUUACUAGAAUAGAAUCAAAAGAAAAACAAUAAAACAGCCCUGAUUAGGAACAUUACAACAGCAGUCAAUGUUUAACCUUGAAGGUUUGACUACACCUUAAAUAAAGGAGCCACUUUACUCCAUUCAGACGUAUCAGUAAACAGACACAUACUGUAUUUGAAUAACAGGUAUUUUAGACUCCACCUCUGUUUGAACACUGACUACGCAGGUUACCUGUGUCGCAGUGUGUUCAGCAGGUGUAGUGGCUGCUGCAGGUUGAAGUAGACAUUCGUGAGGAGUUGAAGAUGGCCGACUGAAAGUUCAACAGCUCCAAAAAAAAAAAAAAAAAAAAAAAUCAACAACAUUUAACGUUCAACAGCCGCCUGAACAAACGCAGGAGAAAUGAGAUUUAAAUAGAAGGAAAUAAAACGUCUGGACAGAGAAAGUCUCAUCGUUCACUCAGGACUCUUCAUCCUCUUCAUCAUGCCUACCAUCCAUCAACCAUUACCAAAUGCAUCUCAUCCAAUAUCUAAUGUAUCAGCUUCAGUGGCUCCACCUGUCACCAUCAUCUCCACCACCUUCACCCCAACUAACAGCACAGUCGAUCCAGUUGCUGCUGCCAUCGGCAACUUCUUCAAUGACCUGCUGAACAAGAUCCCCUUGCCUCGAUGGGCGGUCUACGCCAUCUUUGCGGUCGGCGGUCUGCUAAUUAUCAUCUGCUGUCUGUGCAUCUGCAUCAAGUGCUGCUGCAAAGGAAAAAAGAAGAACAAGAAGCAGAAGAAAAAUGAGGCGAUCAACCUGAAGGGGGUGAACGGGAAAACCACCACAGCUCUGGUUCAGCCAGAUGUGACGGACGUGGACUAUGGAUCAACAAAAAAACAGAGAGGAAAACUGCUCUACUCUCUGGACUACAACACUGCUCUGUCUGAGCUCACAGUCGGGAUCAAACAAGCUGACAGCCUGAAGGCCAUGGACCUGGGAGGAAGCUCGGACCCUUACGUCAAAGUCUACAUCUGUCCGGACAAAUCCAAAACCUGCGAGACUAAAGUGUUCAGAAACACGCUGAACCCCGUCUUCAACGAACAGUUCAACUUCCAGAUAUCCAAGUCCACCCUCCUCAAGUCAACAGUGGUGAUGAAGGUGUACGAUUUCAACAGAUUCUCCAAACACGAAAUCAUUGGCGAGCUCCGGGUACAGCUCUGCAAUGUCGACUGGAACCACGUCAUUGAGGAAUGGCAGGACCUCGCCGAGCCCGCCAAGUUUGAGGACGAAAACCUGGGGGAGAUCUGCUUCUCUCUGCGUUACGUUCCUACUGCUGGCAAACUGACUGUGGUGAUCCUGGAGGCCAAGAACCUGAAGAAAAUGGACCUUGGAGGAUCUUCAGAUCCCUAUGUGAAGGUGCAGUUGGCUCUGGACAAGAGGAAGUGGAAGAAAAGGAAGACGUCCAUUAAAAAGGCGACGCUGAACCCUUAUUACAAUGAAUCCUUCACCUUUGACGUCGCAUUCGAACAAAUCCAGAGGGUGAACCUGGUGGUCUCCGUGUGGGACCACGAUGCCAUGACCCGAAACGAUGCCAUGGGGAAGAUAUUCCUGGGCUGCGAUGCCACAGGGAACCAGCUGAGGCACUGGGCCGACAUGUUGUCCAACCCGCGGCGGCCGGUUGCUCAGUGGCACAGCCUGCUGUCGGCUGAGCAGGUCAACUCCACCCUGACCCUGAAGAAGAAGUUCCCUCUCCAGAGCAAACUGCCCUUCUGAUGGAAAACAGACUGCAGGGAUUUUAUAAAAAAUAUUUCAAAUGCACCAGAUGAAGAGAUUUAAAUAUUGUUUAAAGAUUGUUUAAGGAUUAUUUUAUCUAUCUAAUUUGAUUUUUCUGUAUUAUAUGUUAAAGAUGAACACUUUUAUUUUACUAUCAAAUCAUGAAGUGAUAUUUAAUUUUCAAACGCAAGCACUUUGAUCCUGUAUUGUACCUCUAAACAAAUUUCAUCCUUCAAACCUUUUAAGAGUUUGUCGUAAAACGUAUUAAACAUAUGUGAUCACAUGUACUGUAUGUGUCCAGAUUUAACCAGCAGAUUCUCAGGAUGAAUUAAAUAUAAAUGAGCACAAAUUUAAUAACAGAAAUAAAGAUCCAGCACUUUAUUGAAACAAAUAAAAGAAAUGUGAGUUGUGCAGGGAA